AUCUCUUUCAUCAUUUCCCCCCAGACUCCCAUCUUCUCCCAAUAAUCCCUCCAAAAUCCUGCAUUCUUCUUUCUCUUCCACAGGUUGAUAUCCGUCGAAUUUGAUUUAUACCCUGCUGUGACGCUUCCCCGUCACCAUGUCCGAAACCCUGUUGAAGCCGGAGAAGGACUUCUCCAAGGAUGCUGACAAGCUGAUCCCCGAGGCUGAGCAGCUUGCUAAGACCGAUGUUCAGGGUGCCAUUGACAAGCUCCUUGUAUUGGAGAAGCAAGCAAGACAAGCUUCGGAUCUUGCCACAACAUCGCGCAUCCUUAUCACCAUCGUCACACUCAGCAAGAACUCAGGAGACUGGAACCUGCUGAACGACCAGGUGCUCCUGCUAUCCAAGAAGCAUGGCCAGCUCAAGCAGGCCGUAACGAAGAUGGUCCAGACGGUGAUGGGAUUCCUGGAUGAGACACCGAACUUGGAUGUCAAGCUGUCCGUCAUCCACACACUGCGGACUGUGACUGAGGGCAAGAUCUUCGUCGAAGUCGAGAGAGCCCGUGUGACCCGCAUCCUUUCCAACAUCAAGAAGACCCAAGGCGACCUGAACGCUGCUGCCGAUAUUCUUUGCGAGUUGCAAGUCGAGACAUUCGGUUCCAUGACCAGACGGGAAAAGACAGAGUUCAUCCUGGAGCAGGUUGCGCUCUGCAUAGAACGGGGCGACUGGACACAGGCCACCAUCCUCAGCCGCAAGAUCAACAAGAGAUACUUCAACCGCAAGCCGAAGAAGAGCCCGGAGGAAAUUGAGAAGCUGAAGAAGGAAGCCGAAGAGAAGGAGAAGACGCGUAGCCCGGAUGAGGCACCGAUGGAGGUGGACGAUGACGUGACCGACUUGAAGCUUCGCUACUAUGAACAACAGAUUAUCCUCGCCAAUCACGACUACAAAUAUCUGGAUGUUUGCAAACACUACCGGGAAGUGCUGGAUACGGAGUCGGUGGAGAACAACCCGGAGCAGCUUCGCGCCGUCCUCGCCAGGAUUGUCUACUACAUCGUCUUGUCUCCCUACGAUAAUGAACAGUCCGACCUGUUGCACCGCAUCCAACAGGACUCGCGGCUCUCCCUCGUCCCGGUUGAAGGCCGGCUAGUGAAGCUCUUCACCAUCCACGAGCUGAUGCGCUGGCCGAUGGUGGGCGAGCAAUUCGGUCCUCACCUCUGCAACACGGAUGUAUUCAAGCCUCAGCCCAGCCAGUCGGUCGAAGACCAGCCGUACCGGAGGUGGCAGGACCUCCGCAAGCGCGUGAUCGAGCAUAACGUGCGGGUGGUGGCCAAGUACUACACACGUAUCCAGAUGGGCCGGUUGACCGAACUGCUGGACCUGACGGAGGAGGAGACCGAGAAGUACAUCAGCGAGCUGGUCUGUUCGAAGACGAUCUACGCCAAGAUUGACCGUCCAGCCCGACUGGUCAACUUCGCCAAGCCUCGCGAUGCCGACGACGUGCUGAACGAAUGGAGCAGCGACAUGAAGAGCCUCCUGGGGCUGCUGGAGCGGAUCGACCAUCUGAUCACGAAGGAGGAGAUGAUGGCGCGGAUCCUCCCCACGCGAGAGAAGGGCAAAGCCCGGUAGAUUCUGAGUAGCAGAAUAGCAGAUAUACACAUUGAUGAUAGUAGAAUGGGACAAUAAUGACAUCGUCA